GUGCCUUUUAAGGCCCAGGAACAUGAUCUUGUAUGAAAUGUUUGUCAUUUCAGAGAGUGAACAAAAUGUGUGGGGAAAGUGGUCCCAAAACAACACUUUUUCUGAAAAAAAUAACUAGAUAAGGAGAUAUCCACAAGACCGAGCUGAAUACGUUUCAGCGUAGAAAAGAAUUUGAGAAUAAAAAAAAAAAUAUCCUGACUCUGACUCUGACUUGGCAGAGGCUGAGCUCAGACUGAUUCCAAGAGGUCUUGCUUCCAGCGGAAACACCGGAGUUGGGGGUCUUCAGUGACGUCCUUUCCGGCGAAGAGGAAGGGCAGGCUCCUCCCUGUGGAAACCAGAGGGCCCGGAGCAGGGCCUGGGCCGGGGUGAGGAGGGGCACGUGAGAGGGAGAUCACGUGAGAGGGAGGAGCGAGGGCAGGGUAUGGAGCGGGAAGGCAAACAUCCGAGGGAAAUGCGGGCCGCCCUGCUCUUGGCCGAAGGGGACAAAGCCUCCCUACACCUUCCCUUCCCGGAACUGCGCCUCCCGGCCCACGUGCGGGGCGGGGCUUCGCCUGGUGGAGACGGAAGCGGAAACAGCGCAGACAGAGGCCUGUGCCUGCGCAGCCGGGCAGUGAGCCGCCAUAUUUCCAGAGGUGACGGUCCUGCCUCACCUGUCGGUUACCUGGGGCGGCGCAGCCGAUGGCGUUUGUGUCCCGGUCCAGCUCGUCCGAGGGCACCACUGGCCCCUCAAGAAGCAGACGCCCCGGCGGCAGCAGCGGGGAGGCCCCCAGGCCCCCAUGGGGUCCGGCGGGCACCCCUCCCCUCCGCGGCGGCCCCGGAUGCCGAGAGCUGCCCCCCGGGCUCCCCACCUACGCCUUCCCGUCCUCUCCCUCCACCUCCUGCGAUGGGCACCGCCGCCAUCCCCACCGCGACGCGAGCAGCCAGCGGAGGGCGAGGGACUGCAGGCUGGAGGAGGAGAUGGAGCGUUCCCGGCAGAGGCGGCUGAGAGGCAGGGAGAGGAUCGGGGCGCUGGGAGCCCCCGAGGUGUGGGGGCUGUCCCCCAAGUACCCCGAGCCGGAUUCUGACGAACACACCCCGUUUGACCAUGAAGAGGUGAAAACCCAGAAGGCCAACGGUUCAGAUUCUCUCUCUGAAGAAAAGAGGGAAAAGAUCAGUCGUUCAAAAAACAAGAAAAAAAGAAAGAAAAAGUCCAAAAGGAAGUACAAGAAAUAUGGUAAUAGUGACCGUGAUUCAGACUCCGAUUCGAAUCCUAGCUCUGAUGGUGGGAAAAAGAGAGCCAAGAAAGCCAAGAACAAAGCGAAGAAAAAGAAACGCAGAGGCGGGGAGAACAGGAGAAGGAAGAAGAGGAAGGAAGAAGCCGCUGGCUCUGGCUGUGAGGAUCCGGAAGGGGCGUCGCCGGAAGACACCUGGAUGGAUCACUCAAACACGGCAGAUUCCACGGAUCUAAUAGGCCCAGAAGCACCUGUAAUACUCACCGCCCAAGAGGAGAAGCCUUUGAACUAUGGCCAUGCGCUGCUCCCUGGGGAAGGGGCAGCUAUGGCCGAGUAUGUGAAAGCUGGAAAGCGUAUCCCCCGAAGAGGUGAGAUUGGGUUGACAAGUGAAGAGAUUGCUUCCUUCGAGUGCUCGGGUUACGUCAUGAGCGGGAGCAGGCAUCGCAGAAUGGAGGCUGUGCGGCUGCGUAAAGAGAACCAGAUCUACAGUGCGGACGAGAAGAGAGCCCUGGCUUCCUUCAACCAAGAAGAGAGACGGAAGAGAGAGAAUAACAUUUUGGCCAGCUUUCGAGAGAUGGUGUACAGAAAGACAAAAGGGAAAGAUGACAAAUAGAGACUUCUGUUUUACAUACAUGACUUUGAACAACUAAUUUAUUUAAGCAAGUAGUAUUAAAAGGCUUUAUGGUGCUACUGUACCUACUAUGUUAGUAAGUCCUUCAAGAAACAGCUGUUUUUUGAGAUCAUCUUAGCAAUUUAUCCUUUAUUUUAAAUUUAAUAAUGAAUAUAUUCACAUAGUUUUUAAAAUAUUCAAACACUACAGGAGGAUCAGUAAAAUGCCUUUCACCCAAGUCCCUGAUCCUUCUCCCCAAAGAAAUCUCUUUUUUGUGUCUUCUAUAUCUGCCCAUGAGUUCUUUGUACAUACAAGUAUUUUGCUUCAUUCUGGUUGCAUUUAACAGGCUGGUUUUUUUG